AUGUCUUCGGUUCAGCAUCUGAAAGAGUUCAUCUCCCAGCGACUGACCGCUGCUGCUGUGGAAAUAUUCGGAGCCUUUGAACAAACCAUCGUCGAGUACGAAGAAGAGCUCGACCGUCAGCGCAGACUGUUGGACGCUGUGUUGAGACCUGAGAUCAAACUACACAGGAUAGAGAUUCCAGAUGUGUGUGAGGAAGAGGAGGAGGUUCCCACUCACCUGCAGAUCUGUCAUCACGUGAAGAAAAUUAGUCAGGAUAAAGAUGAUCCAAAUCUUCUACAACUAAAAGAGGAACACGAGGAACCACGCACCAGUGAGGAAGGAGAGACGCUUGUUCUGAAGCAGGAGACCGAUAAUGUGAUGAGUUCAGCAUACGAGGACAAUGCAGCAGAAGUAAAUGGUGACAGUCAGCUCCUCUCUCACAACUCUCUUGUCGCUCUCCAAGUAGACAAUUCUGCUAUGUUAGAGAGUCCCAUAGAUAAAAAGAGUUUUAUAUGUAUCACUUGUAAUAGAACAUUUAAGCGUAAAGGUGCAUUACAGAACCAUGUGAAAACCCACACAAGAGAGAAGCCAUUCCCCUGCAAAACCUGCGGAAAACAAUUUAGACGAAAAACAGAUCUAGAUAUUCAUAUGAGGAUUCACACAGGUGAGAAGCCAUUCCCCUGCAAAACCUGCGGGAAACGAUUUAGACGAAGACCACAUUUACAAAUUCAUCUAAGGAUCCACACAGGUGAAAAACCAUUCCUCUGCAAAACCUGCGGGGAACGAUUUAGACAUAAACCCAGUCUGGAAGCUCAUCUAAAGAUCCACACAGGUGAGAAGCCAUUCCCCUGUAAAAGCUGCGGGAAACGAUUUAGACGAAAACACGAUCUAAAUGUUCAUCUGAGGAUUCACACAGGUGAGAGACCGUACCUCUGUAACAUCUGCGGCAAAGCCUUCCAGGAACACAGGAGUUUGAAACGACACGUCAUGGUGCACACAGAUAUUCCAGAUGUGUGUGAGAAAGAGGCGGAGGCUCCCGCUCACCUGAAGAUCUGUCAUCACAUAAUAAAAACCAGUGAGGAUGAAGAUAAUCCAAAUACUGUACAAAUAAAAGAGGAACACAAGGAACCACGCAUCAGUGAGGAAGGAGACACGCUUGUCCUGAAGCAGGGGACCGAUAAUGUAAUAAGUUCAGCAUUUGAGGACAAUGCAGCAGAAGCAAGUGGUGACAGUCAGCUCCUCUCGUACAACUCUCUUGUUACCCUGAAUGUAGACAACUCUAUGACAAAGACUAACAUAGAUAAAAUGACUUUUAAAUGUACCGUAUGUAGUAGAACCUUUAAAGCUAAAUGUGCAUUACAGAUGCAUGUAAAAACCCAUACAAAGCAACAUCUGAGAUAUAACACAUGUGGAAAGAAAUUCCCGUUUUCAUCACAAUUUAAAAUGCACGAGAGGAUCCACACAAGAGAGAAGCCAUUUUCGUGUAAAACCUGUGGGAAACGAUUUAGACGGAAAACAGAUCUAGAUGUUCAUCUGAGGAUUCACACGGGUGAGAAGCCAUUGUGUCUAGAUAAAUAAACCAUAAUGUAAACCAUGAAAUAUACUGUGUGACACAACUUACAAUAACAAUAACUUAGUGUGUAGUCCUGAACAGCAGAAAGGAUACACUGAUUUUAAAUAACUGUAGAGUACCAGAGCUGAAGGUC